AUGGCGCCCGUCGACAGGAUAGACCACGAUGCCAUUGAGCAACAGCUCAAGGACGUCAUCCAAGACUUCUACCGUAUCAUGGUCCAAGUCUCAACAUACGACUCCAUGGGCCGCUCAAGCAAAGAAGUCCUCUCCAACGAAAUUAAAAACCUCUCCGACUCCCUCCAAAGCGUCUACACCGCCGCCUCCCCGCCAAACCACCUCCCCUCCGUACCCCCCGAACUCCUCGAGUACGUCGAAAACGGCCGCAACCCGGACAUUUACACCCGCGAGUUCGUCGAGCUCGUCCGCCGCGGCAACCAGCUCAUGCGCGGUAAAGUCAACGCCUUUGCUUCCUUCCGCGACGUCCUCGCCGAGCAGAUGGCCUCGGCCAUGCCUGAGCUGCGCGACGACGUGGCCCGCGUGCUCGAGGCCACGGGCGGGAACCCG